AUGGCCCCCAAAACAACAUACAUAGCCCUCGGAUGCGAAGGCUCCGCCAACAAACUCGGCAUAGGCGUCAUCCUCCACACCGCAACCGACACAAAAAUCCUCUCCAACCUCCGCCACACAUUCGUCUCACCCCCCGGAACAGGCUUCCUGCCCAAAGACACAGCCGCCCACCACCGCUCACACUUCGUCUCCCUCGCGCGGGCCGCCCUCUCCGCCGCGUCCAUCACCCCCUCCGACAUAGACUGCAUCUGCUUCACCCAGGGGCCCGGGAUGGGCGCGCCGCUCACGUCCGUCGCCAUCGGCGCCCGAACCCUCUCCCUCCUGUGGGACAAGCCCCUCGUCGGCGUGAACCACUGCGUCGGCCACAUCGAAAUGGGGCGGCACAUCACCGGCGCAGAGAACCCCGUCGUGCUGUACGUCUCGGGCGGCAACUCACAGGUCAUUGCGUAUGCGGAGCGGCGGUACCGCAUCUUCGGGGAGACGCUGGACAUAGCCGUGGGGAACUGUCUGGACCGGUUUGCGAGGACGCUUGCGAUUAGCAACGAUCCCGCGCCGGGGUAUAACAUUGAGCAGAUGGCCAAGAGGGGGAAGAGGUUGCUGGAUUUGCCGUACACGGUCAAGGGGAUGGACUGUUCGUUUUCCGGGAUCCUGGCGAGCGUGGACGCGCUGGCGGCGCAGAUGAAGGCCGCGGGUGAUCAGGCGGAGUAUACGGCUGAGGAUUUGUGCUUUAGCUUGCAGGAGACGGUGUAUGCUAUGUUGGUGGAAAUCACGGAGCGGGCCAUGGCGCAUGUGGGCAGCAACCAGGUUUUGAUCGUGGGAGGUGUGGGCUGUAAUGAGAGAUUACAGGAAAUGAUGGGGUUGAUGGCGCAGGAGAGAGGGGGCAGCGUGUAUGCUACGGAUGAGAGGUUUUGCAUUGAUAAUGGCAUCAUGAUUGCGCAGGCAGGGUUGUUGGCGUACAAGACGGGGUACACCACGCCGCUGGAAGAUACUGUUUGCACCCAGAGGUUUAGAACAGAUGAGGUGUAUGUAAAGUGGAGGGAUUGA